AUGUCGGAGAACACUGAAGUCCCGCCGCGACCCGAGGAGGAGCAGCCCGUCAACGACGACGAGACCAACGAUGAGGAAGAGAUCGCAGCAAUGAAGAAGCGCGUGCAAGAGAUGGAAGCCGAGGCACAAAAGCUGCGCGAGAUGCAGGCCAGUUUGGACCAACAGCAGGACGGUCUGCGCGAAAGCAAAGAAGACAUUGACUCGCGCUCCGUCUUCGUCGGCAACGUCGACUACGGCGCAUCGCCCGAGGAGAUCCAGGCACACUUCGGCAGCUGUGGCCCUAUCAACCGUGUCACUAUUCUGCUCGACAAGUUUACCGGUCACCCCAAGGGCUACGCCUACGUCGAGUUCCAGGAGCCUAGUCUGGUCGCCAACGCCAUUGUGCUCAACGAGAGCGUCUUCAGAGGCCGCAACUUGAAGGUUGUACCCAAGCGCACUAACCUCCCCGGUCUGGCCAGAGGUGCUGCCGCUGCUGCUGGAGGCCGUGGCCGUGGCCGUGGUCGUGGUGGUCCCGUGGGUUUUGGCGGUCCUGGCUUCGGCGGUCGCGGAGGCUACGGUGGUCCACCUCCAUUCGCUCCUCGUGGUGGCGGGUAA